AUGGCUGUUCCACUCAAGGCAAAAGAUCUAAUUGGCUUGAGUGGGUCUGAAUCCAAGAUGAUCUUGCGCAUAUGGUGGGACCUGCACAAACUAACAGCUCCCCGCUUCGAUUUUCAAGGCACUGGCGAGGAGGCCGUUUGGCAGCGUAUCGAGGUUGACAGCGUGAUGAUAAACUGGUCUGCAGUUCAAAAGUCAGCUCCGAACAUUGCGAAAACAGCUGCGUCACUUUCAAACAAGAAGUUGAACUGCAAGCGGACAGACGAAGAGAGGGAUUGGGAGAUAGAGAAGAUUAUUCGCACCGCUAUCGAAGAGGGUCGCAUUGCAGUUCCUGAAGAAUAUCUGUUAAAAAGAGCAGAAACUGAGGCAGCAGAUGUCAGCAGCCAAGUCCAGCGAGAAGACGAUGAGCGUAAGAAAAAUAAUGAUAAGAAGAACGACAGCAAAGACGAGGAUGAGCACGGAGGCGAGGAGAAGAACGAGGAUGACUAUGAUGAUGAUGGUGAUAAUGAUGAGAAUGAGGAAGAAGGGGACAACAAGGAUGACAACGAGAAAGGCGGUGAUGACGAGAAUGAGGAAGAAGAUAUAUUCGACGCACCACCUUCAACUCAGCUUCACAUGCUUCAUGCAUCCAAGUGUGGUCCCUCUGUUGCACUGCGCCCAGUGCCUUACGUUGCCAUUGGGGACAUGGAUGAGGACGUAGAUGCGGCUGAUGGAAUCGCUGAUAUUGUGGUAAAGCUACGAGAGACGACACUCUUGCGAGGCUGUCAUCUGAACUUCUCUGACAUGAUGAUAUUGGAUGCGAAGGACAAGUUACGAGGGAUAUCCUGGCUGGAAAGCAUUGCCGUCACAAAUGCAAAUGGUGAAUUCGAGCUCUCUGACAGCGAGCUGGAGAUACCUCUGAUCAUUCUUCAUGAAUCAAUCAGAGAAGCACAAUUAUGUUGUGAGGACCUAGCGGUGGAAUGGUUCACAGAGCUUGUUGCACCUGAUGGAAAGCCUAGCACGAAGCGCAAGCUUAUCCAGAACGACGUUCCUGCCAACCUCCAUGCAGAUUCAGUGAAAGGCAAAAAAUGCGCGAAUAAGGAACCUACUCGCCCGAAAUCAGAGAAGGUGACGAGGGCUGAGAUGCUUCGCUUCCUCGCUGAGGUUGAUGGUGGCCACUUUGAAAAUCACCUCGCCAUUCUCUCGAUCUGUCAUGCCCCAAAUCGCAAGGCCUCCAUUGUUUUGAACGUCCUACUCAGUCAGCUCGACAUCAUCUGGGAGAUCAGCAAGACGAAAUAUCCAACCAACAACGGCACUCAAGUAACACCCACGAAUCAUGCAAUCAGUGACUUCGUGUGGCGUCAAGCUAAAUGGGUGGGUCAAUGCUUGCAGGUGGCAGCUCUGAUUAAGGAUCAUGCAGACGAACCUAAAAUCAAGAAACUUCAUACCGCGGGGGGGAAACGACGAUGGGGGUUAGUGGAUUGCUGA